AUCAAUUUUUGAGGAAUUAAUCGUGAAUUUAAUUGGAUUGUUGCAGUUGAUAAAAUUAUAAUUACCUGUAAGAUGACAAUGACGGAUGAUAAAUUUGGAUUUGCAAUUGAUCGUGGUGGCACGUUUACUGACAUAUAUGCACAAUGCCCUGGGGGUAGAAUUAGAGUUAUGAAAUUGUUGUCAGUUGAUCCUGCUAAUUAUGAUGAUGCGCCGAGGGAAGGGAUUAAACGGAUAUUAGAGCAAGAAACUGGAUGUUUAAUGCCGAAUGAAGUGGAUACUUCAAAAAUCGGAUGGAUUCGUAUGGGAACAACAGUCGCGACAAAUGCACUGCUGGAGAGAAAAGGAGCGAAAAUGGCGUUGUUAAUAAACGAAGGGUUCAAAGACCUACUCUACAUCGGAAAUCAAGCUCGUCCAAAUAUUUUCGACUUGCAAGUUAUUAUGCCCAGUGUUCUUUACUCCAGAGUAGUUGAAGUUAAAUGCCGAGUAGUUCCUAGCUUGCCGGGUAAAUGCUCGCUCGAUAAUUCCAACUGGCGGAAAGUUAAAGGAUCAACUGGUGAAGUUUUAUUCGUUACCCAAGAGCUCGACGAAAGUGCUUUAAUAAACGAUUUAAAGUCUUUGAAAGAAGAUGGUAUCGAAAGUCUUGCAGUUGUUCUAGCUCACAGUUAUACUUUUGCUGAUCACGAAUUACAAAUCGGUAAAAUUGCCGGAGAAAUGGGAUUUCCCCAAGUUUCUUUGUCUCAUGAAGUAAUGCCGAUGACAAGAAUCGUACCCAGAGGAUUUACAGUAUCAGCAGAUGCUUAUUUAACUCCUCACAUUAAAACAUAUUUACAGAGCUUUUCAUCGGGCUUUAAAAAUAAUUUAGCGGGUGUAAACGUACUUUUUAUGCAAAGUGAUGGCGGACUUACGCCAAUGAAUUCAUUCAAUGGCUCACGUGCUAUUUUAUCCGGUCCAGCAGGUGGAGUAGUUGGUUACGCGAUGACUACUUACAAUAAAGAGACAACAUUACCCAUAAUUGGUUUUGAUAUGGGAGGGACAUCCACUGACGUCAGUCGUUAUGCGGGAUCUUAUGAGCAUGUUUACGAGAGCACUACUGCCGGUGUAACUAUUCAAGCGGCUCAGUUGGACAUAAAUACCGUUGCCGCUGGAGGUGGUUCGAUGCUUUUCUUUAGAUCGGGGCUUUUUAAAGUCGGUCCAGAAAGCGCCGGAGCCCACCCAGGUCCAGCUUGUUACAAAAAAGGCGGCCCUUUAGCAGUAACCGAUGCCAACCUUGUACUAGGCCGACUUUUGCCAGAAUACUUUCCCAAAAUUUUUGGACCCAAUGAAAAUGAACCGCUUGACAAAAAUACUACUGCAGUUGCAUUCAAACAAUUGACCAGCCAAGUCAAUAAUUAUUUAAAAACAAUUCAUGGUGAAGCAGCAACAGUAAUGUCGAUCGAAGAAGUUGCCAUGGGGCUAAUUAAAGUCGCCAACGAAACAAUGUGUCGUCCAAUUCGCGCUCUCACUCAAGCAAAAGGUUACGAUACUUCAAAGCAUGUUUUGGCGUGUUUCGGAGGAGCCGGCGGACAGCAUGCUUGUGCAAUAGCACGUUCUUUAGGCAUGGGAACUGUGUUUGUUCAUAAAUAUGCUGGUAUUCUAUCAGCUUACGGAAUGGCGCUCGCUGAUGUUGUCGAAGAAGCUCAAGAGCCUAGUGCUGAAAUUUAUCACAAAGACUCAUUCAAAAGAUUGGACGAACGUUUCGAGGAUUUGGAAAAAAAAGUCCGCGACAAAUUGCACAGACAGGGAUUUUCUGACGCUCAAAUAACUAUAGAGUAUUAUUUACAUUUGCGCUAUGAAGGCACAGACUGUUCGCUUAUGUGUAAGCCAAAAAUCAAUAAUAAUGAGCUAAAAAUGCAUACACAGCAUGGAAAUUUUGAAGAUACUUUCUUAGAAAGGUACCAAACCGAAUUUGGAUUUACAAUGCCCGAUCGCAAGAUUCUUGUUAAUGAUAUUAGAGUUCGUGGAACAGGACAGUCAAAAAUUUCAGAAGAAAUAGAAUUGCCAUCAGCCAGUGAUUCACCGAAACCUGAAAAAGUAACAUGUGUGUAUUUUGAGGGAGGCUUUCAAAAUACAAAUGUAUAUCAAAUGGACGGCCUCAGUUACGGUCAUACAAUUAAUGGCCCAGCAAUUAUAAUGGACAGUUUAAGCACGAUAUUGAUCGAACCUGAUUGUACAGCUUGUAUUACAUCUCGCGGCGAUAUACGUAUUACUAUUGGGCAAGGUUUACGGACAGAUAUCACUACUGAAUUAGAUGCAAUCCAUCUGAGUAUAUUUUCUCACCGAUUUAUGAGCAUCGCCGAACAAAUGGGCCGAAUCCUCCAAAGAACGUCUAUUUCAACAAACAUAAAAGAACGUCUCGACUUCUCGUGUGCUAUAUUCGGACCAGAUGGUGGACUGGUAUCAAAUGCACCUCACAUUCCAGUUCAUCUAGGGGCAAUGCAAGAGACAGUACAGUACCAAAUGAAAGCAUUCAAAGGCGAAUUCACGAGAGGCGAUGUAAUCCUAGCUAAUCACCCUUCCGCAGGUGGUUCCCAUUUACCGGAUUUAACUGUAAUUACACCUGUUUUCUAUGGAGAUUUGCCAAAGCCCGUAUUUUUUGUAGCCAGUCGAGGACAUCAUGCGGAUAUUGGUGGCAUUACACCUGGUUCGAUGCCGCCCCAUUCCACUACUCUACUUCAAGAAGGCGCGACAUUUAAAAGUUUCCUGCUGGUAAACAAAGGUCAUUUUCGCGAAAAAGAACUGACCGAUGCAUUGAUGGCGCCAGGAAAAAUCCCCGGUAGCUCAGGAACGCGAAAUUUGGCAGAUAAUCUGAGCGAUCUAAAAGCUCAAAUAGCAGCCAAUCAUAAGGGCACGCAGCUGGUAAACGAGCUCAUCGACAUUUACGGGUUGGAUGUCGUCCAAGCGUAUAUGGGUCAUAUCCAACGAAAUGCGGAGUUGGCUGUACGGGAGAUGCUCACCAGUGUUGGUGAAAAGUUGUUACGGAAAACAGCUAGCACCACUGUCACGGCCACCGAUUAUCUUGACGACGGAAGUGUCAUCCAGUUGCAUCUCAAUUUUUGUAUCGAUAAAGGAGAAGCUGUAUGCGACUUUACCGGUACUGGGUACGAAGUUUGGGGUAAUUGUAAUGCUCCACGCGCAAUCACGUUAUCUGCGAUAAUUUAUUGCCUCAGAUGUAUUGUCGGGCGCGACGUACCUUUGAAUCAAGGUUGUUUAAAACCAGUGAAGAUAAUAAUUCCAAAAGGCUCGUUGUUGGAUCCCUCCGAAGAAGCCGCGGUUGUCGGAGGGAAUGUUCUAACUUCUCAACGAGUUGUUGAUGUAAUACUGAGAGCGUUUGGCGCCUGUGCUGCAUCUCAAGGAUGCAUGAAUAACAUUACUUUGGGCACGGAUACAUGGGGUUAUUAUGAAACUGUCGCCGGAGGAAGCGGAGCUGGACCGACUUGGCACGGUCGAGGAGGAGUUCACACCCACAUGACAAACACACGAAUCACUGAUCCUGAAAUUCUCGAAUUGCGCUACCCCGUGAUACUAGAAAAGUUCUCGUUGCGCCCGAACAGCGGCGGAGAUGGCGCUUACCGAGGUGGUGACGGAGUAAUUCGUCAAAUGAAGUUCAGAUCUCUGAUGACGUUGUCAAUACUGACGGAAAGACGCUCUCAUCAUCCGCCUGGGAUGGAGGGCGGAUUACCCGCCGCAAAAGGACGAAAUACUUUGAUAAGAGCUGACGGAAGAAAAAUAAACCUCGGGCCAAAGACGGCUGUGCCCGUUUAUCCGGGGGAUAUAUUUCUUCUGGAGACUCCCGGUGGUGGGGGAUUUGGAGUUCCUGGAACAGAAUCAUCCGUUUUUACCACGAGUGUUAAAUCUUUUGUUGAGCGUGGAAGCGUUUAUGAGUACCGAAAAGCACAAGAAUCUGUUUAA